GGGUGUAAUAUAGAGGAACAUCUCUCAGGAUGAGGACAGGCAUAGUGACCUUAAUUAAAUUAUGAUCAGACCAUGCUAUAAUUUAGUCAAUGAUCUGCAGGGAAUGUGUUGUGCAGGCUUGGCAGUACUAUUCUUCUGUUUCUCAAGAUGCCUAGCUCCUCCCCCAAGGUGGUCCGUCCUCUACAUAAGAUGAGCUCCAUAGGCAGGCAGCUCUGUUGAGUGACUGUUGUGUAUGAGCACAAGCGGUCUCUCUUUUUAGCCCAGGGUAAGGUGUAAGAGAUCCGAUCGAGGAUGUCUCUUAUGGAAGGUCUUCUUCUCCAGGCUCCCAGCACGGCGACACUGCUGGGGGCUGUGCUGUUUCUGCUCGUCCUCUACCUCCUCUCCUCUGGUUCCAGCUCUGAGGAACAUGGGAAGGAGCCUCCAGGACCCAGGCCGCUGCCCCUGCUUGGUAACUUGCUCCAGCUGGAUCUCAAUAGGCCUUACCAGACUCUCUUUGAGCUGUCCAAGAAAUAUGGCUCGGUGUUCACAGUUCACAUUGGACCCCAAAAAGUGGUCGUUCUCGCAGGAUACAAGACAGUCAAGCAAGCACUGGUCAACCAUGCAGAGGAGUUUGGGGACAGGGGCAUCAAUCAUUUGUUUCUUGAAUUAAACAAAGGACACGGUAUUGUAUUUGCCAAUGGAGAUUCAUGGAAAGAGAUGAGACGCUUUGCCCUGACAAACCUUAGGGACUUUGGCAUGGGCAAGAAAGCGAGCGAGGAGAAAAUCAUUGAGGAAGUUCGCUACUUGAUUGAAGUGUUUGAAGAACACAAUGGUAAAGCAUUUGACACGACCCAGGCAAUGAAUUACGCUGUCUCCAACAUCAUCUGCAGCAUUGUGUACGGCAGCAGGUUUGACUACUCUGAUCCACGGUUCCGACGCUCGGUGGAUCAAGCAAAUGAGUCCAUCCGACUCGGAGGAUCUGUUUCAAUACAGUUGUACAACAUGUUCCCAUGGUUGGGCCCAUUGCUGAAGAACAAGACACUUAUCAUGAAAAAUAUUGCCGACAACAAGGAUGAGAUGAAGGAGCUGGUGAGGGGGCUGAAGGAGACUCUCAACCCGCAGAUGUGUAGAGGCUUCGUGGACUCGUUCCUUGUCCGAAAGCAGACCCUGGAGGAAUCAGGCAACAUGAACUCUCAUUACCACAUUGAGAAUCUCAUACAGACUGUGGCCAACCUGUUUGCUGCUGGUACCGACACCACCGGGACAACCCUGCGCUGGGGUCUGCUGCUCAUGGCCAAGUACCCCGACAUACAGGACCGGGUCCAAGAGGAGAUAAGUAGAGUCAUAGGAAGUCGUCAGGCCUUGGUAGAGGACAGGAAGAACCUGCCCUACACUGAUGCAGUGAUCCAUGAGAUCCAAAGACUGGCCAACAUUGUACCCAUGGCCAUCCCUCACACCACCAGCCAAGACGUCACCUUCCAGGGAUACUUCAUCAAAAAGGGGACUACUGUGUUACCUCUGUUGACGUCUGUCCUGCGAGAUGAGAGCGAAUGGAAGAGCCCUCACACCUUUUACCCCGCCCACUUUCUGGAUGAGGAAGGUCGAUUCGUCAAGAAUGAUGCCUUCAUGCCCUUCUCUGCAGGUCGUAGGGUGUGUCUAGGAGAGAGUCUGGCCAGGAUGGAGCUCUUCCUUUUCUUCACCUCUCUCCUGCAGCACUUUAGAUUCUCUCCUCCUCCCGGUGUAACAGAGGAGGAUCUGGACCUCACACCAUCCCUGGGGUUCACCCUCACUCCUUCAUCUCACCAGUUGUGUGCUGUGAGCAGGGUCUGAGAUGAAAGUCUGGGUCCAAUGUAUAUUACACACUAAACUCUCAUCUUUAGACAAACACACUGCAGGAAUGUGCUGGAAAACUAUUGUGUCACUGCCCAUGGACAUGAAUGACAUGAAUAUAUACCUGGCUACAGGGAUCUGAGGUUUAAAGUUGAUUGGACCUAAAUGAACUGAAGCAGCUUUUGUAAACCAUUCAGAGGAGUUCUGCAGUCCUAGAUGCUGACACCUUUAUCAUGUCUGGGGGGCAAUCGUUUAAAACCAUCAAUGUUGAUCUAGAGACAUACACUCAAACAACCUUUUAGGGAUACCCUAGGUGGGGUCCUCAGUAAAAUGUCAAUGUCCGCAGGAAGUGUACGUUAUGAUUGAGAGACCAAACUUGGACUUUAGGAUCCUAUUCCUAUCCUGCAAGUGCCCUUCUCCCCACUGAGGUCCAUAGAGGUCAUAUCCUUACCCACCACUCCCAGGAUAAUAUUCUUGGUUUGUAAUUCAAGAAUUCAAGAAUACAGUCCUAAGAAAGGUCACAUUUGUAAUCUGAAAAUCCCCAAAAUAUGGUCUAAAAUAUGGCCUAUAAAAAAUAUGGCCUAUGAAAAAUGUUUACUCUAAACUAGUGCCCUCUAUACUGCUAGUUGUACUGUCAAUACUUGGCACUUUUUUACAGGACAACUGUAUGACCUUUUUCCACAGGUCCUUCUGACCAAAGAAACUCAGACAUUUCAAAAACAAAAAAUACCAAUCACGGGGAAAUUAUGCAAAUGUUUAAUAUUCUUUAACUUUUUAGUGCUGUCAUUAAUUUAUUGAAUGACAAAUACUAAGUGCUAGUUUAGGAAAGGUAGACACAUUGGCACUUUUUGAAAGCUUUUCUAAAGAUAUGAAAAUAGAUAGCUAUGCAGAUGUAUAUGCAGAUGAUUGUUUAUGUAUCAGUAAUGUCACUUGUCACUUCAAUCAGGGACGGGGUGGGGUGGGUGAAACAGUGUCAAUCACAUCCAAACAUGGGAAACCAGGUGCUUGGUGUCGUCCAGUUGUCCCAUUCCGGUCAUCACUAUGAGCCAUCCCAAACUCAUCAUUCUCACCUGAGAUAUAUGUUAACCAGUUAAAUCCAUUGCUGAUGCUGUAUAUUUAGCUGGAGGAAAAGAAAUGCAAUACAAAUAUCAAAUAAAUAAAUACAUGAAAAUCUU